AUGAACGUAUGUACGGAGAGCGAGACGCACGAGAAGGAGGCGCAAUUGAAGGCAUUAAAUGACCGAAGAAGGACAACACCGACAGCAGCUGCUUCAGGUACUACUUCUACUUCGACUACAGGACUAUUGCGUACAGCAGGUCGGAUGACCGCGGACAGUCCUGCUUCUGCCAAUGCGUUUGAGCAACAGAUAGAAGGAAAAAGGGUGGUACGAGGUGCUGCCAGCAGUGCUGCAGAAAUUUAA